GUCUGUCCCUUUGGAAUACAGAUAAGAGGAGGAUCAGGACAGCAUGAGUUCCAAGCCAAAGUCAGUGGGGAUCAUCGGAGCUCCUUUCUCAAAAGGACAGCCACAAGGAGGGGUAGAAGAAGGCCCUGCAGCACUGAGAAAUGCUGGCCUCACUGAAAAACUUAAGGAACAAGAGUGUGAUGUGAAAGAUUAUGGGAACUUGUUCUUUGCUGAUGUGCCUAAUGAAACCCCCUUUCAAAUUGUGAAGAAUCCAAGAACUGUGGGCAAAGCUAAUGAGCAUCUGGCUGGAGUGGUAGCAGAAGUGAAGAAGAAUGGGAGAACCAGCUUGGUACUUGGCAGGGAUCACAGUUUGGCGACUGGAAGUAUCUCCGGCCAUGCCAAAGUUCAUCCUCAUCUCUGUGUCAUUUGGGUAGAUGCACAUAGUGAUAUCAACACUCCUCUGACAACCCCAAGUGGCAACUUACAUGGACAGCCUGUGCCUGUGCCUUUCCUUUUGAAAGAACUAAAGGGACAGAUCCCUGAUAUUCCAGGAUUCUCUUGGGUGACACCCUGCUUAUCAGCUAAGGACAUUGUAUAUAUUGGGUUGAGAGAUGUGGAUCCUGGUGAACAUCGCAUCCUUAAAGAUCUGGGUAUUAAAUUUUUUUCAAUGACUGAAGUGGAUAAGCUUGGAAUUGCCAAGGUGAUGGAAGAAACACUAAGUUACUUAAUAGGAAGGAAGAAAAGACCAAUUCAUCUGAGUUAUGAUGUAGAUGGGUUGGAUCCAUCUCUGACACCGGCUACCAGCACACCCGUCCCUGGAGGUCUAACUUACAGAGAAGGUCUCUAUAUCACAGAAGAAAUCUGUAAAACAGGGCUCCUCUCGGGAUUAGACAUAAUGGAAGUCAAUCCAUCCCUUGGAAAAACACCAGACGAAGUAAACUGGACAGUGAAUACUGCUGUUGCAUUAAUUUUGUCCUGCUUUGGAGUAGCUCAAGAGGGCAAUCACAGUGCCAAUUGA